ACCGGAUGAGGCGGCGACUGUGAGGCCGAGCCGGGAGCGGGCGUCGCGCCGAGGCCCGGGCGGGCGGGGAGCAACGGCUGCGGACGCCGCGGGGCCGCGUCGUUAAGGGCCGGGGGCAGGCGGGGAGCGCGGGGCGGUCGGGCCAGGGCCGCCGGCGCCAUGGGCAACCGCGGGAUGGAAGAGCUGAUCCCGCUGGUCAACAAGCUGCAGGACGCUUUCAGCUCCAUCGGCCAGAGCUGCCACCUGGACCUGCCGCAGAUCGCCGUGGUGGGCGGCCAGAGCGCCGGCAAGAGCUCGGUGCUCGAGAACUUCGUCGGCCGGGACUUCCUUCCCCGAGGUUCAGGAAUCGUGACCCGGCGGCCUCUCAUUCUGCAGCUCAUCUUCUCAAAAACAGAAUAUGCUGAGUUUUUGCACUGUAAGUCCAAAAAGUUUACAGACUUUGAUGAAGUCCGGCAGGAGAUCGAAGCGGAGACUGACAGGGUCACGGGGACCAACAAAGGCAUCUCCCCAGUGCCCAUCAACCUGCGGGUCUACUCGCCCCACGUGUUGAACCUGACCCUCAUCGACCUCCCGGGUAUCACCAAGGUGCCUGUGGGGGACCAGCCCCCAGAUAUCGAGUACCAGAUCAAGGACAUGAUCCUGCAGUUCAUCAGCCGGGAGAGCAGCCUCAUUCUCGCCGUCACCCCUGCCAACAUGGACCUGGCCAACUCGGACGCCCUCAAGCUGGCCAAGGAGGUCGACCCACAAGGCCUGCGGACCAUCGGCGUCAUCACCAAGCUCGACCUGAUGGACGAAGGCACUGACGCCAGGGACAUCCUGGAGAACAAGCUGCUCCCCUUGAGAAGAGGCUACAUCGGCGUGGUAAACCGCAGCCAGAAGGACAUCGAGGGCAAGAAGGACAUCCGCGCGGCGCUAGCGGCUGAGAGAAAGUUCUUCCUCUCCCACCCGGCCUACCGGCACAUGGCCGACCGCAUGGGCACCCCGCACCUGCAGAAGACCCUGAAUCAGCAACUGACCAACCACAUCAGGGAGUCGCUGCCAGCCCUGCGGAGCAAGCUGCAGAGCCAGCUGCUAUCCCUGGAGAAGGAGGUGGAGGAGUACAAGAACUUCCGGCCCGAUGACCCCACCCGCAAAACCAAAGCCUUGCUGCAGAUGGUCCAGCAGUUUGGGGUGGACUUUGAAAAGAGGAUCGAAGGCUCCGGAGACCAAGUGGACACGCUGGAGCUCUCCGGGGGUGCCCGAAUCAAUCGCAUCUUCCAUGAGCGGUUUCCCUUUGAGCUGGUGAAGAUGGAGUUUGACGAGAAGGAUUUACGGCGCGAGAUCAGCUACGCCAUUAAGAACAUCCACGGAGUCAGGACCGGGCUCUUCACCCCGGACUUGGCAUUCGAGGCCAUUGUGAAAAAGCAGGUCGUCAAGCUGAAAGAGCCCUGUCUGAAAUGUGUCGACCUGGUUAUCCAGGAGCUAAUCAAUACAGUUAGGCAGUGUACCAGUAAGCUCAGCUCCUACCCCCGCUUGCGAGAAGAGACGGAGCGAAUCGUCACUACCUACAUCCGGGAACGGGAGGGGAGAACCAAGGACCAGAUUCUUCUUCUGAUUGACAUCGAGCAGUCCUACAUCAACACGAACCACGAGGACUUUAUUGGAUUUGCCAACGCCCAGCAGAGGAGCACACAGCUGAACAAGAAGAGAGCCAUCCCCAACCAGGGGGAGAUCUUGGUGAUCCGCAGAGGCUGGCUGACCAUCAACAACAUCAGCCUGAUGAAGGGCGGCUCCAAGGAGUACUGGUUUGUGCUGACCGCGGAGUCUCUAUCCUGGUACAAAGAUGAGGAGGAGAAGGAGAAGAAGUACAUGCUGCCUCUGGACAACCUUAAAAUCCGCGAUGUGGAGAAAGGCUUCAUGUCCAACAAGCACGUCUUCGCCAUCUUCAACACGGAGCAGAGGAACGUCUACAAGGACCUUCGACAGAUUGAGCUGGCCUGUGACUCCCAGGAGGACGUGGACAGCUGGAAGGCCUCGUUCCUCCGAGCCGGGGUCUACCCCGAGAAGGACCAGGCAGAAAAUGAGGAUGGAGUCCAGGAGAACACCUUCUCCAUGGACCCGCAACUCGAGCGGCAGGUGGAGACCAUCCGCAACCUGGUGGACUCCUAUGUGGCCAUCAUCAACAAGUCCAUCCGCGACCUCAUGCCAAAGACCAUCAUGCACCUCAUGAUCAACAAUACAAAGGCCUUCAUCCACCAUGAGCUGCUGGCCUACCUGUACUCCUCGGCGGACCAGAGCAGCCUCAUGGAGGAGUCGGCCGACCAGGCCCAGCGGCGGGAUGACAUGCUGCGCAUGUACCAUGCGCUCAAGGAGGCCCUCAACAUCAUCGGGGACAUCAGCACCAGCACCGUGUCCACGCCCGUGCCCCCGCCCGUCGAUGACACCUGGCUCCAGAGCACUGGCAGCCACAGCCCCACUCCACAGCGCCGACCCAUGUCCAGCGCGCAUCCCCCAGGCCGGCCGCCAGCAGUGAGAGGCCCAACCCCAGGGCCCCCUCUGAUUCCCGUGCCAGUGGGGGCAGCAGCCUCCUUCGCCGCGCCCCCCAUCCCGUCCAGGCCUGGACCCCAGAGCGUGUUUGCCAACAAUGACCCCUUCUCGGCCCCGCCUCAGGUUCCAUCUCGGCCGGCUCGGAUUCCACCCGGCAUCCCCCCUGGAGUGCCCAGGCGACCACCUCCAUCGGCUCCCGCCCGGCCUUUCUUCUGAGCUUCGUGGGAGACUCCUCCCGCCUGCCUGGUUUGCCCCCUUGGGGGCAGGUCUGUCCCGGCUGGUGUCCCUGAGCCCCAGUCACCAGGCUCUGUGAUUUUCUGACCAUAAUUUAUUGACUCCAGUGCCCAGGCCAGACCGCCCUUUGUUCCGUGAGGCUCCUGCGCAAGCUUUGGCUGGGCCACCCCUCAGCCCUGCCCGGGGCCUCUGCAGAGAGAGCAGGAGGGGCGGGUGGUCAUGCAGCCCCCCACUCCUAGAGUUCUGUUACCAGACCUCACACAGAGCCCACCCCGCGCUGGGCUGAGGGGCUGGGCUCCUUCCUCUCAAUAAAGUGACU